ACCACAGACAGAAGCAUCCAUGGAAUAAAAAAAAUUGAUAUCUAUCAGGGAUUCACCCAGUCAGACCGGAACUCUAAAAAGAAUAUAACAACUGAGCACAAUACCGAAAAUGAUGAAAAGAUCCCAACCC